AUGUCACGGAUCAUCACAAGCCGGGAGGGGGCGAGUCAAGGCGCUACGAUUGAUUUCGUCGCGCCGUCAACCAACGAUGCGGUUGAGGGGGCGAACGGCGUAGGGCACCGAGAAUUCUUACACUCAGUUACCAUCACGCCUACCACAUUGAACAUACAUUUAUAUGCCGUGUUCUUCCAAAUGGAUGCUCUAUCCUCGGCGGCGAGCGUUAUCGCGGUCAUUCAACUGACAGGAAGCAUCGUGAAGCUUUGUGGGGGCUACAUUCAAGAGGUGAAAGCUGCACGAGACGAAAUUAUCACUCUACAACAGGCGAUUGCAGGCCUCCAAGGCACACUCCAAGACCUGCAUAAAUUGCUUCAAAGUAACGACGGAAUGGCCUUACCCACCUCCUCACGACUAGUCAGCAACAUUGCCGAUUGCCUCGCCGACCUUCGAGCCUUAGAAGCGAAACUCGAUCCAGGGAAGGGAAAGAAGCUUAUGAGGAAAGUGGGUUUGCGGGCAUUGAAAUGGCCCCUGAAGCGCGCAGAUUUGGAAGGCGUUAUUCAGAACCUCGAGAAAUAUAAUUCUUUAUUCCUCUUAUCUUUGCAGGUAGACCAGACUUUUUUGAUAGUUAACGUGGCCCAGAAUACCGAUCGCAUUAAUCAGAAUUUGGACCUUGGGAGGUUGGAAGGCGUGAUGGAGGCAGGGUUUGAGUCAUUCUCCGAUCGAGACGAAGUCCAAUGUCUCCGAGGCACUAGGGUCGAGCUCCUCCAGCAGAUAAUGGAAUGGGCUAUGUCAACGUCCCAAAAAAGCAUUUUCUGGUUAAAGGGAAUGGCUGGGACAGGAAAAUCCACGAUAUCUCGAACAGUGGCAAGGUCGCUCAAGGACAUCAACCGGCUGGGCGCUAGCUUCUUCUUUAAAAGAGGUGAAGGGGACCGAGGGAACGCGAAGAAGUUUUUUCCGACUUUGAUUAGGCAACUGAUGGUCAGGAUUUCCGACUUAAAACCUGGCGUCGAAAAGGCACUUGAUGAUGACCCUGACAUUGGGUCAAAAUCAUUAAGGCAGCAGUUUGAGAAACUACUCCUUCACCCGCUGCUCUCUCUUGACCAACUCGGUCGUCAACCUCAAUCUGCUGUGAUAGUGAUCGACGCUUUAGACGAAUGUGAACACGAUCAAGAUAUCCGAAACAUAAUUCGACUUUUGCCUCUUUUACAGAAAGCAAAAAAUGUUCGCCUUCGGAUCUUCUUGACUAGUCGGCCUGAACUCCCAAUCCACCUUGGCUUUUCACAGAUCGCAGAUCAUAAUUAUCAGGGCUUAGCUCUUCAUGAGAUACCCGAAGAUGUGACAGAGCAUGAUAUACACUUAUUCCUACAGGACCGAUUCGCGAAGAUCAAACACGAAAGAUGUAUUGCCCAGGACUGGCCUGGCAGUGACGUUAUCCAGGAAUUAGUUACAAUGUCCGUUCCACUCUUUAUUUCAGCUGCCACUGUGUGCCGUUACAUCGAAAAUUCAAAAUGGGAGCCCAAAUCGCGCCUCGCGGAGCUUCUGAGGGACCAAGCCAAAUAUGUAUCGAGGAUGGAUAAGACAUACCUACCAAUUCUGACACGACUACUGGACGAACAAGAAAGUGACGAGUUGGAGCAGCAGCAGCUCCUACAAGAGUUCCAGAACAUAGUCGGCGGGAUCGUCCUUCUUGCUGGUCCACUUUCGAUAAAUGCGCUGUCGCUAUUUCUCGGAAUAGAAGCAGAUCAGAUCAGUAACCGAUUGGAUUCAUUCCGAUCGGUUUUGAGCAUUCCUGGUGACCGAGAUCAGCCUGUUAGGAUCCUCCAUCUCUCAUUUCGCGAUUGGUUGGUGCGGUCCAGAACUAAAUUUCUUGUUGAUGAGCCAAAAAAGCACAGAGACAUUGCCCUCUUCUGUCUCCAGACUAUGCAGAGUCACCUACGGAAAGAUAUUUGCAAUCUCGCGAGUCCUGGAACACGUAGGGCAGACCUCGAUCCUCAACAUAUUCACCAAUAUCUACCGCCGGAAUUACAAUACUCUUGUCGCUACUGGAUAUACCAUCUCGAACAAUGCCAAGCUUUAACUUUUGAGACAGAGAAAGUGCGACUAUUCCUCCAGAAACAUAUACUGCAUUGGGUGGAAGCGAUGAGUCUGCUGAGUCUCCUAUCGGAGGUGGUGAAUAUGCUGAAUCUCCUUCGAACACAUGUAUCAGGCGACGAAAAUUCCGCAAUGUCUGAUUUCCUACAUGGUGCAAAGCGCUUCAUUCUGAAAAAUCUCCAGAUAGCGGAUGAAGCACCGCUUCAGAUUUACUGCGCGGGACUGGUAUUUGCACCUCGAACGACAAUAACCCGCAAAGUGUUUAAGCGAGAAAUCCCAAGUUGGAUACACCAGUUCCCGCAGGUAGACGAAAAAUGGAGUGCAGAAUUACAGACGCUCGAAGGUCAUUCGGGCUGGGUUUGGUCGGUGGCCUUCUCAUGCGACGGCCGGCUACUAGCUUCUGGCUCCAGCGAUAAAACUGUGCGGCUUUGGGACGCCGCUACGGGCACGCUUCAGCAGACUCUCGAGGGCCCUUCGAGCUGGGUUCAUUCAGUGGCCUUCUCAGGCUCCGGCCGGCUACUAGCUUCUGGCUCCAGCGAUGAAACUGUGCGGCUUUGGGACGCCGCUACGGGCACGCUUCAGCAGACUCUCGAGGGCCAUUCGAGCCGGGUUAACUCGGUGGCCUUCUCACCGGACGGCCAGCUGCUAGCGUCCGGCUCCGAUGAUAAGACUGUGCGGCUCUGGGACGCUGCGACGGGUGUGCUGCAGCAGACGCUUGAGGGCCAUUCAGACUCGGUUAACUCGAUGACAUUCUCACAUGAUAACCGGCGAUUAGCGUCAGGAUCCGAUGAUAAGACUGUACGACUCUGGGACGCUGCGACGGGCGCGCCACAGCAGACGCUCGAGGGCCAUUCAGGCCGGGUUUGUUCGGUGGCCUUCUCGCGCGACGGCCGGCUGCUAGCGUCCGGCUCCAGCGAUGAAACUAUUCGGCUCUGGGAUACUGUGACAGGCGCGCUGCAGCAGACCCUCGAGGGUCAUUCAGGCCGGGUUUACUCGGUGGCCUUCUCACACGAUGGCCGGCUGCUAGCAUCCGGCUCCAGCGAUGAAACUAUUCGGCUCUGGGAUACUGCGACAGGUGCGCUGCAGCAGACCCUCGAGGGCCAUUCGGGCCCGGUUAACUCGGUGGCCUUCUCAGGCGACGGCCGGCUGCUAGCGUCUGGCUCCGGCGAUAAGACCGUGCGACUGUGGGAUACGAUGGGUCACAUUUAA